AUGUCCGCUCACUUUCGGGAGCUUCGCCAACUCCUUUCUGAAACGCUUGGUAUCGAAGAAUUCGACAAGAUCAGUAUUGAUGAAGCAAAGCCUAUAAAGCGUCUGCUGGCAUGCCGCACCAUUGUGCAUAACGCUGACGAGAGUAACGCUUCCAUCCAGGAAGAACACGUUAUUGGCGUGCUCCAAGUGAUUUGCAAUGAUGUGCUGGAACAUUGUCUUGGUACACACAAGAAUGAUUCAGAAUCCUUAAUGAAGUCUUCUGAAAACAAUAGCGGCGUAUCGAAGCUGCGAUAUGUGGACGAACUUAAUGAUGAAGAUGAGGUUCGUCUGGUGUGGAAAUUUCUUUCCACCUUCACGAAGGACGAAGAGGUAAUGGCACUAAUAGACCGCUCAGCUACCAAGGCAGCAGUGCAGCUGCAUUACGCUAUCACACGCCCGAAGCAACUUGAUAUGUUUGUCCAUAUUAGCGCGACGGAAAUGUUCUUUAUUGACGGUGAUUCGCUCCUUAUGGCUGCAUUGUCAUCACAGCAGGUGGACUGGGAUUUAAUGCAGCCUCUGCAUGUUUUAUACAAUGCGCAGUUCUUGCUACGCCGUAUGCAGAGACGUGGAGCCCGCUUUCAUGUCAUUUUCUUUGAAAAGACACUGUGGUUCUGGUCGAAAAGCCCACAGAAGAUGUUUAUUCGCGAAAAUCUUCGUGAAACCCUUACAUCAGUCUCCGAAAGCAACCCGUCCACGGGCCUCGUCGUUAAGGUUUUCGAAAGCUACCACUGCGAAGCCUUUGAGGAAUAUGUAAAACAUUAUGAGCCGGAGUUUUUCCUCAUUUCUGAUGGAGAGCAGCUUGGCACUCCCGGUCCGCUUCACAAGAUGUUUAACAACGGUGAUUUAACACCAGAGGAAACUGUUACGGAAAAAAAGCGCCCGUACCGGAGCAUUGUAGAUGACGAGGCUCUUGGCGAUGAGGUUUCUUUCUAUUACCACUGUUUCCAGACGUGGGCCAUGGCUCAUCGCAUCACGGUGGCCUACUCUUCUCGUAUUAUUUCGCGUGAAAAUGCCCUCGUCGUGUUCGCGGUGAUUUCAGACAGUGUAAGCUUUGCCCGAGCCUUAGCCAUCGACUUGAUGGCUGUCAAAGCCGCUGAAAAGCUUGAGCGCGAGGUUUGGUUCCCCAAUUUGAGUUCAGAGUCCAAGGCCGUCUCUGAGGACGAAGAAGUGGUCCUGCGAGAGCAGAUCAUAGCUGGUGCCGUGCAUGCCUAUUUGAGCCGUGAUGGUCGCAUAUCCGAGCGGAGUGAGCAAGACAAACAGCUGGCACAAGCAAUGGUGAUCAUGGCCUAUUCCAUGGGUCUUCUCAGCUCCGAACUCCGUGCCCAGACAUCCGGGAUCGUUUCGCCCGAAGUUCAGCGUUUCUUGAACGAUAUUGCCCCAUACAUGCUUCAAGUUCUACGGCAUCGCGGCUGCCGUGGAGGCGGAGGUACCGAGCACGACAUCUAUGACGGUCACCUCCUCGCAGUGCUGGUUCACCACCUCCGGACCACAUCGGUGUCUGAUCUUAUGGACGAAGAUGGCCUCGAAGACCUGAACUACUCGCUUAAAAAUAUUUUUGGUGACAAGGUGACGCUAUGUACUGAUGCCCCGCUCACCGUACUACCCGAGGUCGUGUUGGGUAAACCCCAAGAGGCCGCUCAAGAGCCACGCCUCAUGCAUGAGCUUGUGGAGUCUCUGGCAAAGCGGUUUAAUGUUCAUGGCCAUGUGUCAGAUCACGCCUACCCCAGUGAUUUUGGGAUGGCAAAUCAACUUGAAGGGUGGGCCCUUAACUAUCCUUUUGAUGAUCUCAACGAUGUCAUUGAUUCGAAGGGACAAGAGGAGAUUCAGCGCAGCAUGACAGAGAAAGAUCGCAAGCGGAACAUGAAAAUUGAGGCGGCUUUUGUGAUUGAUGCGACACAGCAAGCGGAGUCAAUGGGAAUUCGUAGCUUCAUGAAGGAACGUCUAGCGUUGGUGGUAUCAGAAAGCGAUGACGACAGCGAUGAUGAGGCUAUAGUCGUUAACAAUGAUCAAAAUGGCAAAACUGGUGACAACAAUAACUCUUCUAAGCGGCAAAAGUCAGCUCAGCAGCAUCACGGUCAGCGGAACAAGAAAACACGUAGCAAAGAGGACGUCAUCCGAGAGGAGACCAACCUGCGUGAUGCGAAUCGAAGUGUGCGGGAGUGGUAUUACCAGGUGGAUUCCGUCAUCAAGUCGACUGAUCGGACGGCGGACCGCGCCACCAGCAAGGACCGCACAGAGGCCAUCAACACCCUUUCAGCGACCAUCUCCAGACUGGAGCAGACCAACCUUGCCAAAGGCUUUGACCCUGGUAAUGCGCGCAACAAAUCGGAGGGUCUACCUCUGAAGUUGGCCAUGUGGCGACUUCUGGUGGAGACAAGUGGAAUGCGGGAGGCAGAGUUCGCUUUUACGAUUGAGGCCAGCACAGACUCAAAGAAAUCCAAGCAACCGGCACGUUCCAAGUUGUCCGCCGCGACAGAGAAUCUUUACGCUUUCAACCUCAUUGAGAGACUUGUUCAAGACUGCACUGGUGUCAGUGGCAGCACGAGCGCGGUCAAGAUUAGCUCCGCAUCUGCUGUCUGGGGAAAGAUUGAGUGCUUGCACUACUCAACGCAGCCGCCCAUGUCGUACUACGACGCCAUAUCUUACCUCAACUGGGUCUAUCUAACCUACGUGCAGCUUCACUUCCGACUCAAGCUCAUGUGCCGUGUAGUGAAGCUGCAGUUGGAUGACUGGAAGGCCGAGCGUGAGCGCGCGCGCCUUGCCCACGAGACACCUAACAUCGAUGCCGGGAUACUAUUGUUCAUGUACUGUCACCACAAGGUCCUGUCGCUGAUUCAGGCGAAUGGACUCUGCAUAUCCGUUGAUGAUAUCGACACGGUGCGCUCUGCACUCAUGCACUUCGAUUUUCCCAACUCCUAUUACGAGAACGUGGACCAGUCCAUAUCGACUUGGCAAGGUCGACCGCUUGGGCUGCUUCCACCAGGCAUGCGACCACGACAGAAGAUGUGGUUCAAGACGCCUGAAAUGACGCAAUUGAUGUACAUGGGACACCUGUUAGAGCGGCCCGUGAUCCACGAGGAGGACUCCCGUGUCGCCUUCAACCCCGAUUUCUGGCAACGUGAGUUGCUUGACAUCGUGGACAAUCGCGGCAGUGCCGUUGUGUGUGCCCCGACUUCAGCCGGAAAGACGUUUAUUUCCUAUUACUGUAUGUACAAGGCGCUCAAAAAGUCAAAUAAGAAAGUUCUGGUAUAUCUUGCACCGAAUCGUGCACUCAUUAACCAAGCCGUGGCGGAUGUAUGUGCUCGCUAUGGUUCUAAAAAGUACUCUGAUGACACCAAGAACGUGUUUGGUGUGCACGGCGGCGACGACUACCACCUCUACCUCGAUCGGUGUCAGGUCCUCGUAACCUUGCCUGAGGUCCUUGAGACACUGCUGCUGUCACCAAAAUAUACGAAGUGGGUUGCGAACCUGAACUACGUCAUCCUCGACGAGAUACAUACCAUGGAGAGCAGUGGGAAUGGUGAUGUCUGGGAGCGGGUGCUGGCGCUGCUGCCGUGCCCCUUUGUAGCCCUCUCCGCAACAUUGGGUGAGACACAUCAGCUCUGUGGAUGGCUAAACCGUGUGCAGGCUAAGCUUCGGGAGCAACAACCACACAAAAAGCGUGAUUUCAACGUCUACACUGUCCCCUCAUCUGGCUCGAUUCAACGAUGGAAUGACAUUAAAAAGUAUAUCUACUUCCCACCGGUCGGUCAACCGCAAACAUUGAAGAAACUCAAGGCUAAGUGCGAGCAUCAUUACAUUCGCGACCUUCACCCGCUGUCCAUCUUGACACUGGAUCAACUUCGACGCGGUUUCCCACCGGAAAUCUUGUUGGUGCCGAGUGAGGUGGUGCAGCUUUACAGUGCCAUGGUCACACAUUUUCAGAAGACAAUCCUGCCAAAAUGGUCCAAAGUGGCUGUGGUGCGUGACAUUGAUGCUCAAAUACGGAGUAUCAUGCCAGAGGAGUACUUCAAGACAGAGCUCCAUAUCACACAAAAACGUGCCCGGCAGUACGAAGUAGAUGUUAAAAAUGCUUUUGUUUAUUGGGUUUACCUCACCACUGGCCGUGAUGCCGCUGGGUUCGACACCCUGUCUUCGGAAGAGGUAAGUCGCCUGAAUGCAGAUAUGCACAGCGUGUGCGAGUCUAUCCUCCAGACGUUUUCGUUGCAUCUUCGCGAAGAGGAAGAGAAACUCGAGAAGCAUGCCAUGGGGGCCGUCUUGGCGCAGCAACAGAGCAAUGAUGUUGUGCCUGCCAACAAACAGGUACACUUCCCUAACACGAAACGAUUUAUUCAGGAUAACAUUAUCAACGUACUACGAGAGUUGAGCAGCCGUGAUAUGGGGCCCACUAUAGUUUUCAGCUUCGAGAGUGAGAGUUGUGAUGACAUUGUGAAUACGAUCGUCGAUCAGCUAGAACAGGCCGAGGCAGUGUACCGGCAAACCGAGGAGUUUGCUCAGUACAAGGCCAUGAUGGGGCGCAAGGCUGCUGCCAAGGAAGCCGCUCGAAAGCAGCGGGAAUCGAAUCUUAAGCAGAAGCGCUUGAAGGCCGAUGAUAACGGUGAUGUUGAACGAAACGAGCGUAACCUGGACAUCGACGACGGAGGCGACGAUGAGGACUGUGUGAUUCCAGACGUCCUCCCGGAGUUUAGCUUCAUCGGGCAUAACUGCACUAUGGAUCCUGAAACUAUCAGUAAGGCGAUUGAGGAGUGCAAAAAACGCGGUGACACUCUUGCCGCACGUGCGAUCAGCCGUGGAGUUGGUAUACACCACGCCGGUGUAAAGGGUAAGCUGCGGCGUCUGAUGGAAAUUCUCUUCCGCCGACGACACUGUGGCGUUAUCUGCUCGACCGAGACGCUUGCGCUCGGUAUUCACAGUCCCUGCCGCUCCGUUGUCCUCGCUGGUGAUCACGUACUACUCAACACAACACAGUUUCGUCAGAUGAUGGGACGUGCUGGACGUCGUGGUCUCGACUUCCUUGGCCAUCUCGUCUUUCUUGGUGUGAGUCUAAAGAAAAUAACCCGACUCAUGACCAGUGGUAUGACGGUGAUUAAGGGUAACGCACAGAUGGAUGUGAUCUCUCAGUUGCGUCUCCUGCAACUUCAUGACUUCGCGGAUCACCGUGGCCUGAAGAAUAGUGAACAAUGGAAGGCACGCGUGGCGGCAAUGGCUGAGCGCUUAUUCGUGAACCCACUUUUCUUUGAGGGACGUGCUGCAGUUGAGGGGGGAAAUAUGGAGAGCUUCACGAUUGAGAUGAUGCAAAUGCUUCUUGGGUUCUUCCAAAAAGAGGGUCUCCACUUCAAAGAAUGUCCUUCCUCGCUGGGGUCGCUCCUUGUGGAUGCUUUGCACGUGUUCCGUAGCGUCAAGGUCGGAGUGGAGGGCAUUGCCUUCAUCAUGAUGCUCACACGUGGUAUUUUCGUGAACGCCGAUUUUCAAAACGAGUUUUCCUUCCUUAAUAGCGGUGUUUUCGCGCCCACAAGCAAGGGGUCGGGCUGCACCGAAGCGCUUGUUGAGCUGCUGGCAUAUCUCUUUUCGACGCACAAAAUGUGUGGAGGGCCGCUUGAAAUUCACCGUUCAGUGCUAAGUGACCCAGUCGUGGUGUCCCUUUGGAACAAAAAGCGACGUAGUGGAACUGCACGCCUGCACCGUGUCGUGCUGGCACCGCUACGCGCCUGCUGUCAAACGCAUUCACCGCUAGCUACCGGUGCUGUGUUCCGUGCUAUAUCGGCUUUUUAUACAGCCUUGGCAGGCAACCUGCAGAAGCCAGUGGAGGAUCGACUACCAUACAUGAAUCCGAAAACAAAGAAGAAAAAUCCAAUCUUCAGUUCCUCUGAAGAGGAACUGCCAUUGGUGAAAAAGUUGAGGGCCACGGCAGUGCCCUUCAAGGCCCGCACUCCCUUUGUGGCCAUCAGUGGGUGUGGUGACAACUUCGUCAGCACCGAAGACCUCAUGACAACCCUCCGAAGUGGCCUCUUUUGCGAUCCCCGUUACUUGCCGGUCUUAGACUUCACUGAUGGCUGCAGAUAUGACGGUGCACAGGUGCUUAUAAAUGCCUGCGUCUCAGAUUUCGCGAGGUGCCGUGCACAGUUCGAUUCAUUCCGCACCAACUACCGCUUCACGCUGCUGGAGGAACUAAAUGGUCUGAAUCAGUCCGAGUGCUUUGCUGUUUUGAAUCAGGUGGAGAAUCUGCUGUCGAACCUUGCAGGUCUCUCUCGUGGUGAAGGGGUCAAACCGCUGAAAGUUCUCGAAGAACUCUUCCCUCAGGCCCCGGAUGGGUAUUUUGCUGGCGCAAAGGGGAUUCUACACUUUGCCAAACACAUGCGCGACCUCCACUGGCAGAUUGAGAAGGACUACUCCGUUGAACAACUCCUCUUAAAGCAGAUAGAAUCGCGAAAGCAAAAAAUAUAA